AAGAGAUACUCAGAACACUGGAAGCAACUGAGCAGUGGAUUUCGAAUAAACUGCCAGCUUUGCCCUGUCUGACAUGAGGCAGUGAUGUCUUCAUGGUUUUGAAAAGAAGCGAGCAGUGAAUGCUCUUCCAUCGCCACAGAGAUGGUGACAAGCAAGGGUGACAAACAGGUGCCAAGUUCCAGGGAACUAGUGAGAAUGUCUCAACCUGCUACCCUAGCUUCUCUACAAGUCACCUUUCUUAUGCUAUUUCUCUGCUGGGAUGCACUUAUUUCGGCACUGCCCAUUGGUCCUGAUUACUUGCAACGUGGCUGGCAGAGGCUUCUAGAGGAGGGGGAGAGUUGUGUGGCAUGUAGAUUGGAAGAAUGCCCCACUCCUCGUGGUUGCCUGGCUGGAGUGGUCUUGGAUGCCUGUGACUGUUGUUGGGAAUGUGCAAAUCUAGAGGGACAGAUCUGUGACCUGGACCAUACCAACCACUUCUACGGCAAAUGCGGGGAUCAUUUAGAGUGCCGUCUUGAUUCGGAAGACCUGCAACAUGGAGAGGUGCCUGAGCCCCAGUGCACUUGUUUAUCUAACCAAGCUCUUUGUGGCUCUGAUGGCAAAACAUAUGCUCAGAUCUGCAAGUUCCAAGAGGUGUUUAAUUCCAACCCUGAGGCUAAUCUCACUGUAGCUCAUGAAGGACCUUGUGAAUCAGAGCCCCUUAUUGUAUCUCCUCCUUAUGAUAUCUGGAACACCACUGGGCAAGAUGUGAUCUUUGGCUGUGAGGUCUUUGCAUUUCCCAUGGCAUCUAUUGAAUGGAGGAAGGACGGUCUGGAUAUGCUGCUUCCUGGAGAUGACCCCCACAUUUCAGUUCAGUUUAGGGGAGGUCCUCAGAAGUAUGAGGUAACCAGCUGGCUUCAAAUCCAAGCUGUGCGGUCGACUGAUGAAGGAACAUAUCAUUGUUACGCAAAAAACAGUGUUGGGCAAGUGGCAGCUCCUGCCAGCCUUAUGGUCCUUACUCCUGAUCAACUGAACUUAACCUCACUGGCUCUGCCCAAGGGGCCCAACCUGGGAUCAAAUGAUGACUGGGGGAGUGAUGAAUUGUAUGAUUAUUACUGAGAAGGGCAUAUAGAGGGCAGCACUCAGAAUGCAAGGUCAUUUGUAUUCUUUCCCAUUUGAACAUUUAUUGCAUCAUCAACUGGUGCCCCAGUUCCUUAGAAUAAUAAUGAAUAUGGAAACUCUUGGGUGAAUUUAAGGAAGCCAAAAUAUUUUUUUUCUAUGGAGAACUUUAGUAUAAGUUAAUUCUGGGUAGACAAAAUAAAUAUACUUAAUUGUAUGACCAAUCCCUGGAUGACAAGUACAUCAACGCAAGUAGAAGAGAAGAAGUGAUUGUAUUUAACUGAUGCAAAUCAAAUGGACAUUAAAAAGGACUUUGAUUAGCUUCUGGAGGAGUAUAAUUUCAUUGAUUUGAUGCAUCACAUUCACAAUUAUUCCUUUUUAGUAUAGCCUUUAUUGUCAUUGUACAUCAUGUAUACAAUGAAAUUGGUUAAUUUUCUAAUUGCCUUUUCUAGAUUAGACUACAUUGAUGUAUAUAAUUCAAGUAGCAGAGAUCUUGGAGGAAAAAAAAUAAGCCUUUUCCUUUUAAUGGGAAACCUAAGAGUUCAGCCUAAGAACUAAAAUCUCUAGCAAAAUUCAGUUUAACUGCCUGUUUGGUACAUAAAAGAAUUUAAAGGAGGAAAGAUUAGAUCAGCAGGGAAGAAAACUGCUGAACAAGUUUG